AUGUCAUUUAAGGGUUUACAAAAAAAACUUAAUUUGAAAUUAAAAAAUAAUGAAAAACGACAGCAACAAGAUACUCGCAGUAAUAAUGCUGUUGUUGAAACUGAAAGAAGGGUUGUUGAUAUUUUACCAUCUUAUCAAUUCUACAAUGAAUUACAUAGACAUAUUCCAACUAGAGGUAAUUCAGGUGAAAAUACCAUCGAUAUGACCACCAAUAUUAAUAAUACAAUAAACAACACUAACAACAGUAGCAAUAACCAAGACUUGUUUUUUUUACCUAGCUAUGAGGCUUCCAUAGUUUCAUUACCUUCAAAUGAUUCCAAUUGUAUUUCUAAUGCUACUGUGUCAAGUAAUGGAAAUAUUACUGCCAUUACUACCACUACUGAUAAUAAUAAUAAUAAUAAUAAUAAUAAUAGUAGUAGUAAUGGCAGUAGUAGUAGUCUGCGCCAUUCUAAUUGUUCUGUUUCUCCGAUGGAAAAUAUUAAUGUUGAUAAAAUUUAUUCGAUGAAUAAUAUCAACUCACAAAUUGAAAUAACUGUUCAUAUCACAUCAAGUAAUGAUGAAAAUAAUAGACAUCCUAAUAGUACCCCUAAUAAUACUGAUAUUUUGAAGGAGUAUCAUUCUAAUGAAUUAAUUACUGGUUACGUAAUCAUCGAAAACAAGUCUAAAUCGCCCAUUUCCUUUGAAAUGUUUUAUUUAACAUUGGAAGGUUAUAAUAGGGUAUUUGAUAAAAAAUUAAAUAAGAAAUCAACCAAGAGAUUUUUACGUAUGGUUGAUAUGAGUGCUAGUUGGUCUGAAGUUGACGAGGAGUUGACAUCAGGAUAUAAAUACGGGUUAAAUUCCAUUGAUAAAGAUGGUUGCAUCCUGGGACUGCCGAAAGAUAGAUGUUUGAAGCCAAGCAAUUCUUUAAUGGGUGUUAUGGGAAAAACUGUUAAGUAUAAGAAACAUUUUAUGUUCAAAGUGCCUGAUAAAUUACUAGAUGUUAAUUGUCCGCAGGACAACUACAAUCAUUUGGUGGUUCCUCCGAGUUUUGGUGUUGAUAAGAUCAUCUGGAGAAGUGAUCGUUUGUUGCCAUUAAAAGUCAAUAGCAAAACUGGUGUUGGUCAUUUGAGCAGAUUUGGUUCGCCGGUCAUUACUAAUGAUUUAGCCCCAUCAAAUUGUUCCAUUCAUUAUAGUAUUGACUCUAAAUUUAUUGGGCUAGCUGCUUCCGGAAAUGAAUUUUGCAUCUUAAAAGAAUCAUCUUAUCAAUUAAGGUUCGUUCCAGACAGUCUGGUUUCUGACAAUAGUAUUACAACUCUUUGUAAUAGUGUUCCAGCAAAAUUUGGAGGUAAUUCUUACUAUGAUAUUUUUAACAAAUUGAAAUUUGUUAUCGUCAGUGAAACAGAUGAUAGCAUGUCUAAUCUUAAUUUCUCUGAAGGUGAACAUAAAAGUUUUGAAUAUAGUAAUGCGUUAAAAUAUUGUAUUGUGAAUAAUAGUACCAAUUAUUCUGGUAUGAUUCACAUGACUGUUACUUAUCCUAGUAGUGGUAAUAACAAUAGUAAUACUGUCUCUUAUUACGAACCUUCUGUAUUGAGAAAAAUUAAUCAUAGUUUGGAACAACAACGUUCGAUGGUUCAUAUAAAUCAAAAGUUAGGAAUAUAUUUAAAAAAUACUAUUAUUGACAAUAAAUUGUGUCCAACUUCUCCCAUUACGAUAAAGUCUGUGGAUUUCAAACUAGUGGUUAUUAACUAUUGUUCUCUAUCACCAAUUAACUUCAAUGUGGAUCCAUUGAUGCUGAUCAGUUUCAAACAAGAGGGAAGUUAUUUAGAUAAACUCAAACAGAUAAUAAAUGAGUUUGAUGAUAAAUACAAGGAUAUUUUGAAAGUAUCUAAAGGUGAUUUGGAAACUUUAGCCGAUUUGAAUGUAGAAAUACAUAUACUAAAUGACAUUUUUAAAAUCAAUCAGGAAAAAAACAGGAAUUGGAAAGAAGCUAAGAUUGUUGGUCUCGGAAACAAUAAUACUUUUGAAUUUGAUGUGAGCUUUGAUUAUUUGGAUUCGAAUAAAUACACUUUGGUACCAGAGUUUCAAAGUUGUUUAUGUGGUAGACUUUAUUGUGUUCGUGUUGAAAUUGAUUUUAAUACUGAUGCAAACACUGAAUUUGUUGCAAAGCAACGACUCUCUGUUGAUGUACCACUUCAUCUGAAGACCCCUGUUUCUUUAUCAUCAUUGGCUUAA